UGCGCCGGUCAGGGGGAGAGAGAGAGAGCUCACUGCUGCCGCGCUGUGCAGAGCCGCCGCUGUUCGCUCUCCAGUUCGCCGUGCUUUGUCGAUGCCACGGCGCCGCCGCCAUCGUGCCACGCGUCGCCGUCGAAACUCGUCAUUUGCCAUUGCUAAUCGCGAAGAGAGUGACGGGAAGGCCUUGCGGGGAGGGUUCGCGAUGUGCCGCCGCCAGUGCUAGGGUCUGACGUCGCCGGUCACCGUCGCGAGCUUCCUUGCCAUUGCCACAGAAGCUGCCUUCGCCGGUGCCGUUGGAGGCGCGAAUGGAAGAGCGCCGUUGAGAGGGGAAACGUGAGCUGCGAGCCACGGGCUGAGGAGAAGCUCCACCCUCGUUGCCGCUAAAAGAGUUCUGUGCGUCGCCGCCAAGGGUUGCCGCAGGUGGGGAGAAGACGCCGCCGCCUCACGUCGCUGCCACCAUCUGAGCUCGCUGCUGCUAAUAAUGGUAAGCCUAAACCGCCGCCGGCAGAGGGAUUCAGGCCGCCGCAGGUGUUGCUACCGGAGAAGAGAGCUGUAUCUCCGUGAUUCCGACCGCCGGGAAAGGUUCUGUGACCUCUGGAAGCACCGUCGGAGCUCUGGACUCAGCUUUUGCCAAUCGAGACCCUGCUGCCGUCGCCGGAAAAGUUGGCCGUCUUCAUCGCCGGAGUCCGGUCGCCGCUGCCGCUUGAGGUGGCUGCCGGAUUACCGCCAAACCGGUUCGGUGAUCGCCGCUGUUCCGGUUCAGCCGUUCCUUCUUCGUUCAGUAAGCAUUUUUUUAUUUGAAAGCUCUCUAGUUACUAUUCUGUUAUCAUACGCUGAGGUUUUGCGGCGUUAAUCGCUAUAAGAUUGAGUCACAGUUAUUGUACGUUGCGAUUAGUGUUGCGAUGGAUAUUGCGAAAGUGGCUGGGAGCUGAGGUUUUGGUUGCCGUCGGUUCGGGCUGAGGUGGAAAGGAUUCUAUGACGCGUUUGGGUUAUGGGAUUGCGUUUUGAGGUAGGGGCGCUUUCCAAAAAAAAUUGUGUUUUAUGUAUCGGAAUUAUUACAUAUGGAUACUGAUGUGAGAUAUUGUGUAUUUAGUGAUUGUAUCUGCCUUAUGUAUUAUUUGAUUGACUCGAAUGAUUAUGGAUGUUGGUUUGGCUGAAUUGU